AGGCUUAGUAUUCAGUUUGACAUCAGCCACAAGACGUUGUGUUGGAUUCAAUGGUCACUCUCUCUGCAUCUGUCCAACACAUCCCAGGACCCCGAAGCCUCUCAUGAACACUAAUUGGACACAUUGGGCUUCAAUGCUUCAGCUCUGAACCCUUCAGGCUUUUCUUACUUUGUGAAUCCACGUUCACCUUCUUCAGCUCGCUUGUUUUGCCACCAUGGAUAUCGGCGGCCUGACCACUGUGGUGGCCAACUCUGCGUACAUCUCGGCCCGUGGCAGUUUUGAUGGCUCGGCCAACCCGGCGGCCAACCGAGACAAGAAGUACCACACCAAACUCAAGCUGCCUCACAUCACAGUGUGUGAAGACUUGAGAGAAACUCUGGAUCUUCAGUAUAAGAGCAUCUGUGUGGAGCAGCCCAUCGGCAAACGCCUGUUUCAAGAGUACCUGGAGUCCACCAAGGAGUACAAGGGCCCCUGUCGCCUCUGGAAGGACAUCGAGGAGUACGACACUGCCGAGGAUAAAGACCGCACUCAUAAAGCUGCUAAAAUCCUCCAGCGCUAUAUGGAACCUUCGGCGAAGCUCUUCUGCCCGUUUUUACCUGAGAACGACAUCACAAAAGUGAAGGAACGGCACCAGGAGGCGGCGGAUGACCUGUUUGUUGCGAUCCAGGCCAGUGUGUUUGACUUCCUCAAAGAAGUUCCCUUCACCUUCUAUCUAGAGAGCAUGUAUUUCAAACGCUUCCUGCAGUGGAAAUGGCUGGAGAUGCAGCCGGUAACGGAGGACUGGUUCCUGGACUUCCGUGUUCUGGGGAAAGGUGGCUUCGGAGAGGUAUCCGCCUGUCAGAUGAAGGCCACGGGAAAACUGUACGCCUGCAAGAAGCUCAACAAGAAGAGACUGAAGAAGAGGAAAGGAAAUGAGGGUGCUAUGGUGGAGAAACGGAUUCUGGCUCGAGUUCACAGUAGAUUUAUCGUGUCAUUGGCUUACGCCUUCCAGACCAAGACUGACCUCUGCCUGGUGAUGACCAUCAUGAAUGGAGGAGACUUGAGGUAUCACAUCUAUAAUGUGGACGAGAAUAACCCCGGCUUCUCCGAGUCACGGGCAUGUUAUUACGCUGCUCAGAUCAUCCAAGGUCUUGAGCAUCUACACCAGAAGAGAAUCAUUUACAGAGAUCUCAAACCAGAGAACGUUCUUCUAGAUAAUGAAGGUAACGUGCGAAUCUCUGAUCUGGGUUUGGCUGUUGAACUGGCUGAUGAUCAGUUUAAAAUCAAAGGAUACGCCGGAACUCCAGGGUUUAUGGCCCCAGAGCUGCUGAAAGGUGAUGAAUAUGAUUAUUCUGUUGAUUAUUUCACUCUGGGAGUGACGCUGUACGAGUUCAUGGCGGCUAAAGGACCCUUCAGGACCCGAGGAGAAAAGUUGGAGAAUAAAGAGGUGAAGAAACGAAUCCUAAAUGACCCUGUGACCUAUCCAGAGACGUUCAGUGAGAACGCCCGGUCCAUCUGUGAGGGUUUGCUGGCUAAAGAGGUGGAUAAGAGACUGGGCUUCAAGAACGACUCCUGUGACGAGCUGCGAGCGCAUCAGUUCUUCAGCGAGAUCAACUGGAGGAAACUGGACGCAGGAAUUCUGCCGCCUCCUUUUGUGCCGGAUUCUAAGACAGUUUAUGCCAAAAAUCUGGAUGAUGUGGGGGCUUUCUCCACGGUGAAGGGGGUCGGCCUGGAGGAUGAUGAUAAAAAGUUCUUUGAUGAGUUUUCAUCAGGAAAUGUCUCCAUUCCCUGGCAGGAGGAGAUGAUCGAGACGGGCAUCUACGGCGAGCUGAACGUGUGGGGUCCGGGGGGCACCGUACCCAAUGACCUGCGCCGCGAAUCCAUUCUGGAGCAGCCGCCCAAAUCCUCCACAUGCACCGUAUCAUAAUCAUUAACACAUUAAAACAGAACUUUAUUUCCUGUGUUCGUCUCUCAUGAUCAGUUAGGACCAUAGAUGAAUAAUGAGGUUGAUUUACAUUAUCAGACUUCAGACUUUCUUUAAAGGUUCACUGUAAAAUAUUUAUGAAGAAGCAGAAGGUAAAGGCAGUCUCAGUAUUUGUGUUAGUGAUUAUUGAUCUUGUUCUGAAACACUCUGUGAGUUUACAAUGCACUCUUAUGUAUUCAAGCGUUAUUAGAUUAGGCUUUUAAACAGAACUGUUUUAAUGAACACUGAUCUAUCCCUCAUGAAACAGAAUAUCCACGAAUGUUUUUCUUUUGAGAUCCUUAAAGUCCAAACGUUCAAGUCAAUUACGUCUAGAAGUAAAUUGAAUAAAUAUUAAACAUUAUUUUGAAGUUAAGCUGACAUUGCUCCUGAAACUGACUUUCAGUUUAUUUGUGUGUAUAAUCAAUGACAUGUGGUAAACUGAGCGUAUACGUAAAGAUCAAGUUCAGGAUUAAACAUGUAAUGUUGUGAUUGAAUAUGGACUGUCGUCGUAUCGCAGCAGUAUAUAAUGUACAGUCUACAGAAGAUUAAUAUCUAAUUGUAAUAGUUUAUGUAUGCUUUGAAACAUUUUAUCCUGAACUUGACUGGUUUUGUCUUUGACUAGUCCUAGAGAAUUAUUUUAAUUGCUUUAAUUAAUGCCUUUAUUGAUUGUUCAAAAUCCCAACACUGUUUUAUAUGACGCUCACUGGUUAAUAAUGUACGAGUAAUAAUGUCUCGUAGAUAUUUGUGGGUUCAUACAAUCUAAAGACAGCUGACAAGUUGCUAAUAGAGAUUAAAGAAGUGUUGUUAACUAGUUCUGCCAUUGUUGCCAUACACAAAAAUGCUUCUGUGCACAAAUGCUUUAUUAGAUAUCAUUAGAUCUACUUUUUGGUAACCCAAUUCUUAUUUAUGUAAAAAGCUGUGAAUGUCUAUAGAUUGCAUAGAUGAUUCAUGUACUAAACACUUUGAACUGUUUUGUCAUAAAUACAACUUUAGUGACUGUGUCUCUUGAGUUAUCUACAGAGAUUGAUAACUGUUGACUGAGUCAUUGAAAAUAAAGAAAAAGU